AUGUCUAUGCUUCCAUUAGAUUGCAAGGUUGUGUCUGAUAGCUACUUUCUGAUGGCCACUCCCACUGCCCGUUCAGCAUUCAAGGAGCAAGCAGAAACAAUACUGGAUUUCUCAGGGACAACAACAAUAGAUUGGUAUCUUAAUGGAGGUGUUGAUGCCACCAUCGCAUACAACUGCACACAGUGUGGACGACGUGGGGGACGUUGUGGGUUCAGCCCAGACAGGAAUCAAACCUUCUGCAUCAAUAACGGUUCACACAUCAAAGUAAUCGCAGUGGUUCUUUUGUUGAUGGUGGCCACUGGACUCUAUCUUUCACUUAAGACAAGAUAUAAUGAGGAGAUACACUUGAACGUCGAAAUGUUUCUCAAGACAUAUGGAACCUCAAAACCCACAAGCUAUAGUUUCUCUGAAGUUAAGAAGAUUGCAAGGCGAUUUAAGGAAAAAAUAGGUCAGGGUGGAUUUGGGAGUGUAUACAAAGGCGAGCUACCAAAUGGAGUGCCUGUGGCAGUCAAAAUGUUAGAGAACUCUACAGGAGAGGGAGAAGAAUUCAUCAAUGAAGUUGCAACCAUAGGACUAAUCCACCAUGCAAAUAUUGUGCGUCUCCUGGGUUUUUGCUCUGAAGGAACAAGGCGUGCCCUUAUUUAUGAAUACAUGCCUAAUGAGUCACUGGAAAAAUAUAUAUUCUCACGUGAUUCUAGUAUUUCCCAGGAACUACUAGUGCCAAAGAAAAUGGUAGAUAUUGCUUUAGGUAUUGCCCGAGGAAUGGAAUACCUACAUCAAGGAUGCAAUAAACGCAUCCUCCACUUUGACAUCAAGCCUCACAACAUCUUGCUAGACUUCAACUUCAAUCCAAAGAUCUCAGACUUUGGCCUAGCAAAACUGUGUGCAAGAGAUCAAAGCAUCGUUACCUUGACAGCAGCAAGAGGCACUAUGGGAUAUAUUGCACCAGAGUUAUACUCUCGGAAUUUUGGUGGGGUAUCCUGCAAGUCGGAUGUUUACAGUUUUGGCAUGCUGGUGUUAGAAAUGGUAAGUGGAAGGAGGAACUCAGACCCAAGUGUUGAUAGCCAAAAUGAAGUUUACCUCCCAGAGUGGAUCUUCGAGAGAGUAAUCACUGGGCAGGACUUGGUACUUUCUAGGGAAAUGACUGGAGGAGAGAAAGAAAGGGUGAGACAGCUGGCCAUGGUGGCCCUAUGGUGCAUUCAAUGGAACCCAAGAAAUCGACCCUCGAUGAUAAAAGUGGUGAACAUGUUAACAGGAAGGCUGGAGAAUCUGCAGAUGCCCCCGAAGCCUUUCGUCUAA